CUCUCUCUCUCUCUCUCUGAGCCUGGUCAGGACUGGGGUCGGGCGAGGGGCCUAGUUGUUGUCGCGGUCGAAGCGGGAGACGGGCGGCGUCUGGCCAUGGAGAUCGGCACCGAGAUCAGCCGCAAGAUCCGGAGUGCUAUAAAAGGAAAGCUACAGGAACUGGGAGCAUAUGUUGAUGAGGAGCUCCCUGAUUAUAUCAUGGUGAUGGUGGCCAACAAGAAGAGCCAGGAACAGAUGGCAGAGGAUCUUUCCCUCUUUCUAGGAAACAACACUGUGAGAUUUACAGUUUGGCUCCAUGGUGUGCUAGACAAGCUUCGAUCAGUAACUACAGAACCUCCCAGCCUGAAAUCCUCUGAAUCUAGCGCCUUUGAGAGCAGUCUGCCUCCUGGGAAAAGCAUAUUAGCAGGGAGUGAGGAGAGGAGAGCGGAAGAGAUCCUGCAACCGCUUGCAGUCACAAGUUCUCGACCAGAAAGGACCGACUCCCGAGUUUCAACCAGUUCCCUAGAACAGAGUGCUCAUAUUGCCCGACCACCUCGCCUGGAUGGCUCCCCAUCCCUUUUGAUGUCAACUGUGAAACCUCUCAGAGAGCUGUCUCCUUUGGAAGCUGUGAUUGACAUUAAGCCAGAACCGGACGAUCUCAUUGAUGAAGACCUCAAUUUUGUGCAAGAGAAUCGUAUGCCCCGAAAGAAGCCUCUGGUGACAGUGACUUACGGCUCUUCCCGCCCAUCUGCUGAAAUCUACCGCCCACCAGCCAGUCGAAACAUGGAAGGCAACGUUCACUUCCAGAGGCUGCCUCUACAAAACAACCUACAGACUGCCAGACAGCUUGAGAUCCAGGGUGGCAGGUCACUGGAGACAAUCCAGCUCUGCGAUCCAGACGCGUUUGGCAGCUUGGCAGAGAGUUACAGGCCCCCUUCCAAAGGGAACGCUGAUAAAAUUAGCAGUGAGGAAGAAACUCUGAGGAAGAGGAAGCUCCCGGUUGUUAGCUCAGUAGUCAAAGUGAAACGGUUCAGUAAUGAUGGGGAGGAGGAAGAAGAAGAGGAAGAUUAUGGAUUACGACUGGGAGGCAUCUCCAGCAGUGUUUCUGUGCCUGCAAAACCAGAGAGACGGCCUUCACUGCCACCUUCUAAGCAGGCCAAUAAGAACUUAAUAUUGAAAGCUAUAUCUGAAGCUCAGGAGUCAGUUACAAAGACAACGAAUUAUUCUACAGUCCCACCGAAGCAGACCGUUCCUGUGGCUCCCAGAACCCGGAGCUCUCAAGAGGAAGCCUUCCUCGAAGCCAUUCAUGGCCAGAGUCGUGUGUCGAGAGUGACUGCACAGAUGCCAGUCGAAGAACCAAGAGAACAAGCAUUGGAGAGAAUUCCAGGAAACCAGCAAAGGCAGCUCUUUUCCCGUCUCCAGAUUGAACCAGGCUUUGAAGCGGCCUUAGGGAAGGCCCAAGAUUAUUAUGACUUGGAAUCCAUGGUCCACACAGAUACCAGAUCAUUUAUCCUGAAAAAACCAAAGCUGUCUGAGGAGGUCAUGACGUCUCAGAACCUGGAAGUGGCAAACAGGGCCGCAGACGCCUUGCAGGCUCUUUCAGGACGGCUGAUACAGACACGGGAGCAGCUUGGCCAGCCAGAGAAGCCUGCCAGCCCCAAGUUCAUUGUUACCUUGGACGGGGUCCCCAGCCCUCCCGGGUAUUUGUCGGAACAAGAGGAGGAGGAGCCCAGUCCCAUGGAAGGAGUCAGACCUCUUCCCACCAAAUCCACAGCCAGCAAGGGCUUAAGGAGCCUUCGCGCACAACAGAUGCACAUUAUAUCCCGACAGCUGGAGACCACUAAUGUUGAGAUGGAGGCGUUGAGUGUCCUUCACAAAACAGAGCGCUGCAAGUACUGGCCUGCCUGCAAAAAUGGAGAUGAAUGUGCCUUCCAUCAUCCCACGCUGCCUUGCAAGGUCUUUCCCAAUUGCAAAUUUGCAGAUAAGUGUUUGUUCAUCCAUCCCAACUGUAAAUACGAUGCCAAGUGCACCAAGCCAGACUGCCCUUACACUCACGCCAGCAGGCGGACCCCACUGCCGCCCCCUAAACCAGUACCAGCACCAAUUCCACCAGCAUCUUCAACCAGCCAACUUUGCCGAUUUUUCCCUUCUUGCAAGAAAAUGGAGUGUCCUUUCUUCCACCCCAAACAUUGUAGGUUCAACACCCAUUGCACCAGAGUCGACUGCACAUUUUACCACCCUUCCGUUUCUGUACCGCCACGUCAUGCCUUGAAAUGGACUCGAACCCAGACUAGCGAAUAAUGUACACAACCAUUAGUUAAAUUCACCAUUGUACUAUGAUGGAAGAAUCCUGACUGAUGGAACAAGAUGCUGUAAAGGUUGUCACAUAUGCCAGGCCUUGGAUAUAAAUUGUUUCUUAAAUGAAGUUGAUUGGAUACUUGAAAUACGUACUUUUCAAAACUUGUAUAUUUAAUAAUUUUUUUCAUAUUUUGUACUGUUAAAAAUAUCUGUAAGGAAAAGAUUUGCUUUAACCUUAAAUAAAAAGGUCCAAGAAAGGA